AUGAAAGCAGGGCUAAACUUACCAGCAGGAUUCCGAUUCCACCCAACGGACGAAGAGCUUGUGCAAUUCUACCUUUGCCGGAAAUGCGCAUCGGAGGAGAUCUCUGCUCCGGUCAUCGCCGAAAUCGAUCUCUACAAGUUCAACCCUUGGGAGCUUCCUGAGAUGUCUCUGUACGGAGAGAAAGAGUGGUACUUCUUCUCGCCACGAGACCGGAAAUACCCAAACGGUUCGCGUCCUAACCGGGCGGCGGGAACCGGUUAUUGGAAAGCCACCGGAGCUGAUAAACCGAUCGGUAAACCGAAGACGCUGGGUAUUAAGAAAGCGCUCGUGUUCUACGCUGGGAAAGCUCCCAAAGGGAUUAAGACGAACUGGAUCAUGCACGAGUAUCGUCUCGCUAAUGUUGACAGAUCAGCUUCUGUUAACAAAAAGAACAACCUUCGACUUGAUGAUUGGGUGUUAUGUCGAAUCUACAACAAGAAAGGGACCAUGGAGAAGUACUACCCUGCUGAUGAGAAACCGAUGACCAUGACGGCGGCUUCAUCGCCUUUCGAUGCGUCGGACUCGACUUACCCGACGUUGCAAGAGGAUGACUCGAGCAGCUCGGGGGGUCGCGUGGUGUCGCCGGAUGCGAGGGAGGUUCAGAGCGAGCCUAAAUGGGGGGAGUUUGAGAAUGCUUUUGAUGCUUCCAUGUUCGGUGGUGGCUCCAUGGAUUUGCUGCAGAGUGAAGAUUUUGUGCCUCAGUUCUUGUACCAGCCUUCUUAUGAGUUCAACUCCUGGCAGGAGGACCCGCCGGAGCAGAAACCGUUCUUGAAUUGGAGUUUUGCUCCACAGGGGUGA